UGGCGCAACAAGCGCUCCGACGGCCACCAUCAUGUCGUCUGUCACUGCGUGAGUGUGGAACGGCUGCCGUGCUCGCUUCUUCUCCUCGUCUACAAACGUGCGCCAUCGUCGCCUAGCCCAAUACAGGACCGCGUAACCUCUCCGCCUUCCAGCGAACUUCGAAGGAGCCCACUUUCCCAGCUACUGCCUCCCGACGCCGAAGUGGCCGAAGCCACCGACGGCAUCUUGCUUGUCCACGUAGAUCAAAACAGAAGGCGAGGCUAGCGGCAUCCGGGUGCAUUACCCCCAGAUUCAUACACCGUACUGCUGGAGUCGUGUCAUGGCACAGCCGGGCAACUAGGAGUGGCGUCGAGAUUCUGGUGACGGCAGAGCAUGGCCUACUUGGAGCUCAACGUGGAGCAAGUGAACAAGUCGGCCGAGCUACUCUCCUACAAUGACCACGACAUAGACUCCCUGUCCAACGUGGUCGACCCACGCCUUGACAUCUCCUCCACGUCUUCCAAGAAAUUUCUGGCCGAGUCGGAGCAAAGCCGCCGGGAGAGCUUGGCUAGCUUGGGCGAGGUGGUGCCACGGCCGCAAUACCUUCCGCCGUCGUUGCCGGAACCGAAAGAGGCGCCCGCACCACCGCCACCUGACGACGCAGUCUAUCCUGACAUCUCCGCUCUGGUUGCGGAGUACGUGGCCGCGGAGGACCCGGCGCUGUGCAGCCGGGUGGCGCAGACCAUCGAGGACCACUCCCGGGUGCACUCACCCCGCAAGGGAGCCCCGGUCAAGGCGGCGGCGACCGUGCCUAGGUCGCCGCUCAAGUGCAUGUCGCAAGCCGCUGACAUACUCUCCGUGCAGCAGUCCACCAUUGGUCUUCCCCUGAAGGUGGCGCCACCAAACGAAGCGGUGUACCAAGAGCUCGUCGAGUACCCCUCGGAAUCGGUGGUGGCGUCGGUGGACCAGAGGACCUCCUGGCUGCGCACCAUCCUCACCAGCUCCGCCGCAAACGCCAACCACGCACCACCCAGCGAGACGGCUGCAAAGGCAGGGCCUCGAAACGGCCCGGUGACAACAGGCAGGAAGGAGCUUCCGUCGGUGCACUACUGGAGGCGUCCUUCCGAGGACGUGGGCGGGGCCUGCCUCCCCCCGGACCUGGACAACCUGGACUCGGCGUCGGUCUGCUCGGAGACGGAGUCGAACCUGUCGUGGGCGAGCGAGGCGGACGAGGAGAUUCGGCUCAUCAAGAACAUGCUGGCGCCACGCCGCGGCGACCGUCCGGCGACCAUGCCAGAGAGGUUGCUGUCGAGUGAGGCCACGCAGACAGACCCUCUAUCCACUCGGGGCCUCCCGACAAAGAACGCGUGCGUGGAGACGGACGCGACAGAGCUGCCGACGCUGCUGAUGGAGAAGGCGCACCUGGAAGGGGAGCUGGAAACCCUGGAGGGCGAGCUGGGCCGCCUGGUGCAGACGCGCUCGGAGCUUAAGUCCCGGGCGGCCGAGGCCGAAGCCCGCUGCCGGCAGCUGGUGCGGGAGAAGGAGGCUUCGCUGGAGAGGGAGGCCGCCCUCUCCCAGGAGCUGCAAGGCCUGCGGGCAGAGGCCCUGCGCUAUGGGCGCGUGGUCGGAGACUACGGCAGCCUGGUGACCUCGCGGGAUGCGGAGGCUGGCUCCCUUCACGACCGGGCGGAGGCCCUGGCGGUAGAGAACAAGGAGCUCAGGACGGCCCUCGAGGAGCUCAAGGUGGAUCUGGAGUCCCGCUGCGGGGCGGUCGAGGGCCUCAAGAAGAAAAUCGCGGAGCUGCACGUGGAGAGCCAGUCCCACGUGCGUGCCCGCGCCCAGCUGGACUCUGAGAACGCCAGCCUCCGCAGCGAGCUGUCCGUCGUCGAGAAGGCCAAGGAGUGGUUCCGCGAACAGCUGCAUGAGAGCCAGCAGGGUCGCAACCUCCUGCACCGCGAGCGCGUCUCCGUCGAGGCCGCCAAGAUGGCUGCCGAGAGCGCCUGCGAAGGCCUCAAGGCCGAGAACGCGCGCCUCGCGCAGGAGCUCUCCGAAAGUCGGCAGCGCUCGCUGCGCGACAAGGAAGGGCUCAUGCGGCGCCUCGAAGACAUCGAGGCCGACUUGCUCGAGCGGGAGGCCGCCCUCUCGCGGGAAGCCUCUUCCGCGGCGUCCGGGCCGCGGAAGUCCGAGAGCAACGACCUUUCCGGGAAGCUGCGCCUCGCGGAGGCAGAGGAACGACUGCGGUCCGCAGAGUCUACGCUGGCGGCACGGGAGGUUGCGCUCGCCGCAUUGGAGAAGGACAGGACGUUGCUGGCGACGGACGUCCAGCGGCUGAGGCUGGCGCUGAGCGAGAGCGAGCUGGGGCGGCGUAACCAGGAGGAGCUGCUGAGGGAGGGGGCGCAGAAAGUAAGGAGGCUGCAGGGAGAGCUGUCUGCAGGACGGGAGGAGGCGGCGGAGCUGAGAACGCAGCGGACGGCGCUGGAGGUGGCGCUGGCGGCGGCCAACGAGGACAAGCGGGUGGUGGGGGAGGCGCUCGGGGCGCUCACGGAGAACCUGCACAAGCUAGAGGCCAACUUCAAGCUCAUGCGGACGGACCAGGUUGCCAAGGCUGCGCAGCUAUCGCAGCUGGAGCGGGAGAAGCAUUCCCUGGAGGAGCGCCUGUCUGAGGCCCAGCGGGAGCUGAGCCUGUCCUGUCAGCAGUUCGACUCCCAAGCAACUUCCCGGUCCCAGGCCUGGGGGGUGGAGGCCAACGACCUGCGCCGGCAGAAAGCGGACCUCGAGCGCGUCGUCCAGAUGCUCGAGGGGGAGCUCAAGCAGGCCUCCGCCCGGGCCAGGGAGGCUGCGGACGAACGAAGCCUCGUCGAGGAGAGACUGAAGCGUUCGGAGGAGCGCUGCGAGCGAGGGGAGGCGGAGACGGAGGCGCUGUCGCAGCAGAACGCCUUGCUCCAGAGCCGGCUGUCGGAGCUGGAACGGCGGCUCUCCGAGGAGAAGGCCCGGCAGAGCGCCCAGGAUUCUCGCAAGGAGGAGCAGGCCUCCUGGGAGACGCGGGUGCGCGAGCUCGAGCAGACGCUGGCCAACUGGGAGCUGUCGAGCAGGGAGCAGGAGCGCAUGUACAAGUCCAACAUCCGACUGCUGACGCGCAAGCUCAGGGAGAAGAUGAAGGAGCUGAAGCUGAUGCAGCUGCAGCAGUCGCAGCACCGCGUCGACGGAGCGGAGGAAGACGGCAACGAGCCAAGCACAGUGGCGGCGGAGACGCCCGCAUCCCCUGACGGCACAGCCGUCGCUGAGGAAGCCGUUGGGCGGGCUUCGGCCGAAGUCGCCUCGGUCGAACGGGGCGCGGAAAACGGAGACGCCCAAGAGGAGAGGCAGCACCUUCUUUUGCAGCUCGAAAAGGAGCAGGGAAAGCUGGCUGGAUCCUUGCGAGCGCAAGAGGAGCUCCGCAACUGUGUGGAGCAGUUGGAACGGCAGUUGGCGGAGCAGGUGGCGGCCUCCACGGAGCUGCAGUGUCGGCUGGAAGAGCUCCAGGAGCAGACAGCGCGGAGCGAGGCCCGCCACUCGUCCGAGUCCUCAGACGUCCGCCGCGAGUUGGCCAAGGAGCAGGCCCUGAGCAAAGACCUGCGCCAGAAGAUCUUCGAGGAGAAGCGUCUGAGCGGACAGCUGCGGCGCCAACUGUCGACGCUCAAGGAGGGCCUGACCUCGGCGAGCCAGUCCGCGGACGCCCGCCGCACGGAGUGCCAGGCCCUGCUGGAGCGCAACCAGGCCCUGGAGCAGGAACUGUCGGAGACUCAGGGGCGGCUGGAAGGGCUCCGCGGGGACCUGAAGGCGGCCCAGGGGGCCCGACAGGAGCUGGAGGCCCGUCUGAGGGGCUCCCAGGAGAGGGACCCUGCCCUCGAGCAGCAGAUGAAGCUCCUGAGUUGGAACGUGAAGGAGAAGUCCCAGGAGGUGGCUGCCCUGAAAGAGCACGCCCGUCUGGCCGAAGCCACCCACCAAACAGAGCUGGGGGGCCUGCGCAAGCAGCUGGAGGGUUCCCAGCACCAGUUGGCGGGCCUGUCGUCCGAGCUGAUGGCAGUCCGCAAGGACAAGUUUACCCUGCAGGCCAAGGUCCAGGAGCUUAAGAACGUCCUGCGCUCCAGGGUCGACCAGUGCAAGGAACUCCAGAAGCAGCUGAUGGAAGUGGCAGAAACGACAGAAUUUGUUCUGCCCAUUCCACCUGCGGAUUACGACGACUCCUACAUUGCAGACUUGCUGCAACAGUGCUCGGCACUUCCUACCAGCAGGCCACUGGGCACGCUCCAGGUAUGCCUGGACUCACUCAAACAGGAGCUCAGCACUCUGCACAGCCAGAUCAAGCAAAACGUGGAACUGCCCAAGACAGAACUCGUCAAUUGAAGCGCGCAUCCUUCAUCCUCGUAACCAAGACAUCCGGGUGGCCUAGCCGCAGUCUUCCACGCCAGAACAUGCCAAAGAAUUCAAACCGCCUUCGGAGUUGACACCGGUUUCCAACACAGCGAUGCCGGCGACAGGUCUGCGGGUUGUUUCCCCGAAGAUUAUUGUAUCCCCCUUUUUCUACGACAAGUGUUUGGUGAAAGGCGUGUAUAAACUCUGUCUCAGUGCAACUUGUGCGAACAGCGGUGUUGAAGCUUUGUCUCGGUGCUGAGCCCACUGGCACUGUUGUGGGGGCCAAAGAAAUGCCAUUGGGGGCGAGCGUUUUGUUGCCGUUGGAGCGUUGUCGUCCCUUUGCAAGGUGGGGUUGUUGAAGUAGUGUCGGAACUAGUGGGCUUUGUUCUUCAGAAACUGGGGUAGCCAAAACUAAAGGUCCUACUGCAGUCAAGUUGGAUGCUUUAUGCAGCAGGAGAUUCUUGACCAGGUCCUCCGUCGUAAAAGAGCCUUCCGAGUGGGGAAUUUGCUAAGGAAGUUAGUGAGAGACUGCAUCUUAGAGGACCACUACUGGAUUUGAGAAAAUGUCAGUUUUCUUGUACAGUAAAUUAGGAAAGGUUUGCAGGUCUGUGCAGACAUACAAAAAAGUGCACUUCUUUUUGCCGUACCGGUGUGCACUCUCAUCUCAAGCAGCACGCUUUACCAGCAGAAGCGAUAAAGCCAAAGCGAGUUGCACUGCCACUCUGCUUGAAACGGUGGUUGUGGUUUGAGUGUUACAUUGAAUGUAGGAGACAUGCCUGGGGAGGAUUUUUGGAAAAGUUAGUCUAAAAUCAUGCAAAUGGUGAGUUUGCUCAAGUCAGUUGUUUCACUGCGGUUGUUGAGGAAUGACUUGCAUACCUGAACCCCAGCUGCACCUGGCUUUGAAAGUAUGCUGGGGCCAAAGGAUACAUAUCAGUUAGCUUUCAGAUACAUAGAAAUGUUGGUUGUUUCCUUACUCGUUUCAAUCAGGUAUGCAAUGAGACAACGUUAGCGCGAACGCCCGACUGCCGAUUUCUCACAUUUUGCCUACUACUAAAAAAACGGUUGAUGUUUUGUCAUUCCUGUACACACGAUAGCCAAGCGUCAUAAAUAAUCUUUGCUUUUAGGUCAGCAUUAACUUACUAUCUUGGUCAAAUGCCUGAGAGCCCUAACCUUAUACUACUAUAUUUGUAUUUGGAGUGAUAAGUUGCAAACGGGAAGUUGUUUACUUUCUACCUGAUUGUUACUUCUGCAUAAAACUUUAGUCAGUGUUGGAUAAUUUUUUUCCUUUUUCGAAAAACAGAUAAUUAGGAUUUUAAGUUCCGCAUGAAUCGAAGUUUACUCUCGUGAAGGAAUCCAUUGAGGCUCCCUCACUAUGACACUUAUGGUAGUCUUUUUAGCCGUGCUAGGUGAAUGGAGUUCUUCUGACAUAUGACAUAUGGUACACCAGUGCUUCUAGGUAUAUAAAAUGGAAAGUGUCUCGUGCUGUAGUCAUAUUAUGCUGGCCCUUGAUUGUUUGCUAACAUUUCUUGAAAGCAGUUGAGUCACAUCACCGUUUUCAGGAGCAGUGUCUAUUACUUUUUGCAUCUCGAUUUUCCGGUGGUGUUUUACUGUGGGACGUUUCACUGGAGUAUCUAGUUCCUCGAUAAGGUAGUGGAGUUGCUAGGAAAGGGUGAGCAGGUAGACCGUAGACGGAGCUGUAGCAAUGCCUAGACAACACACUGUGUGGGCGUACAACGCCAUUGAACCCUGUGAUUUACGAAUGCCGCCGUGCAUAGAAGAGCGGCGUGCGAGGGAAGCUUUCGACUGCAAAGUGCCUUGGCUGGAACAUUUAGGUGAAUCCGUGUUGGGAUUUAUGUGCAAAGUGAGUGGCCAUAUUGAGAGGCAGGCCCACCGACUUCUACUUAUGUCUUCUGGACCUCAAGUGCCGUGCACUGUUGCCGAGAUGAAGCUGCGUUAUCUUUGCGUUACCAGCACCAAAGUGCGGCUUGUUACGCCGUGCAGUCGUGAUGCCAUCUGGGGACCAUUGGGGCAAGCCAUACGUUGCAGUGUGCAGUUAGUACAGUCAUGAGAUGUAUGAGAGGGAACAGCCAGUUGAUCUGAUCCAAACUGGGACUGGAACUCGGAAGUUUAGCUUCCAGCCUCUUCACUCUGAGAAAUUGAGAGAUCGUAGGGAUUGUGGACACUGCAGUCAUAGCAAAAGGGAAUUGGAGUGUUGUCAGUCGUAUUGUUCACUAUUGUAUAGACUGGUACUGGUAACAUGGCGACUUCAGUGGCUUCCUCCUGUCCCCUCUGAACCCUCCUCCCAGAGGACGAUGUAGAGAUUGGUGGGCAAACCUUUCCGUCUGCGUGCAUGGCCGUAUUGAAUCUCUGUGACUCUGUGUCGCGCUCUUACUGCGGUGGCCAAAUGGGUUUGCUUUUCAGAGUGCAAUAUUCGUCUCUUCCUGCAUAGAUGUUUAGGUGUGUCGUGCGGUUUCUUCGCUAGUUCUUUUGGGACCAUCUUGGAAGUUGGGUUUGAGCUUCUUGUGUCCUCUUGAUGAUUAAAACUUGUUUGUUUUUCUCGGUG